AACGCCCUGAUUGUACUGGUUGUUCAAGGCAUUCUGCAAAUCCUUCACCAGAUAAAAUGGGAAAAGGCGAUCCACCUCCUCCAUUUACUUCAGAUAUCCCAGCGCCACCAUAUCCUGGUCCCCCUUUAGACCACAAUGUAGUCCUCAAUAAGCCUGAACCCCAGCCUGUUGCUCAGCAAAAUCCCCAGCCUGUUGCUCAGCAAAAUCCCCAGCCUGUUGCUCAGCAGUACCAGCAACCUGUUACUCAGCAACAUCCCCAGCCUGUUGCUCAACAAAAUCCCCAGCCUGUUCCGCAGCAGUACCAGCAACCUGUUGCGCAGCAGUACCAGCAACCUGUUGCUCAGCAAUAUCCCCAGCCUGUUGCUCAGCAGUACCAGCAACCUGUUGCUCAGCAAUAUAUCCAGCCUGUUGCUCAGCAGUACCAGCAACCUGUUGCUCAGCAAUAUACCCAGCCUGUUGCUCAGCAGUUCCAGCAACCUGUUGCUCAGCAAUAUAUCCAGCCUGUUGCUCAGCAGUACCAGCAACCUGUUGCUCAGCAAUGUCCCCAGCCUGUUGCUCAGCAGUAUCAGCAACCUCUUGCUCAGCAAUAUCUCCAGCCUGUUCCUCAGCAAAAUCCCCAGCCUGUUGUUACACAACAAACUGUAAACGCCCAGCCAGUGACCCAACAGGUGGCUCCACAUGUGAGGCCCACUGAUGCUCCAGGAAGAAUGCAAUGUCGACAUUGCCAGACCACUGUUGUGACGUCAACCGAAUACAAAGUGGGCUUGUGCACCUGGUUAACUUUUGGAGGGCUGUUUAUUUUCGCAAUCUGGCCCUUCUGUUUGAUCCCCUUCUGUGCGCCACCUUGCAAGGAUGUGCAGCAUUCCUGCCCGACAUGCAACAACGUUCUUCACAUCCACAAACGCUGCUAAAGAACAAUGAUGACUCCUGCAUUGAGUGAAAUGUCUGCUGAACCUCUAUUAAGUUGGAUUUUAAAUACGCUUAGUCAGUUUCCCCAAUGUGUUUUAACAAAUCAUUAAAAUGUGACAUAACUUUUGCUGUACUUUGACUGAGGUUGCAUUUUUAAAGGAUUUGAUAUUUUAUCUGAGUAUAAGUAUUGAACGCAAGAUCAGAAUAAUUUGUCUUUACAUUAAAUCUUAAAGUAAAGCUUUGCUCAAUAAUAAAUGGCUUCAAUACUGAUAAUUGUCAACUUUUGUUGAAAUAUUUCUGUCAAACUUGAACAUUAGAAGGAGUAUUAUU